CACUUUUUGAUUCUUGAGCUCUUUCUUUGUUUUUUUUUUUUUGUGCAGGAAUGGACAUUGAUCUGUCGACGAAUGCUGAUACGAAUGCUGCUGCCGAUGCCGAUGCUGCUGAUGCGACGUUCGAUCUGGCUGCAGCGGCAGCCGAGGCGGUCGAAGGGCUGCUCCAGAGCAAAGCCAAAGCGACCGCCGCGCUGCCCGUUGGAGCAAUCCCGCUCGUGCUUGGGAAGCCAGCAACCGCCUUCCUCAUGGAGACAACCGAACCUCAGUUGAACCUCAGCGGCGACACGGGCUCGGUUGGACGAUUGGUCGUCAAUGCGCAAGAUGCCGCGGCGCCGUUGGUGCUCGACCUCAAGGGGCUCAUCUUCCAGGGCACAGUCGUUCCAAGCAAUACAUUCAUGCUGGUGACGAUCGGACCCAACGAGGCCCGAAUCGAUGCCACCGUGAACAACGUCAUUCAUACAACAUGCCUUGGAGAUGCGCUGGACAGCAUGACUGUCGUUGAGGGCUCAAUCGAUGCCGACGCGUUCCAAGACGAUGCGAUUGCCACAGACUCGUGGCGAGGUGUGGACGACGAGGACGAUGAAUCAGGUGCCAAGUCAAAAGGCAAGAAGAAAAAGCCCGUCACCAAGGUGCUAACAUCCGAAGAUAUGGCCUCGAAAUCAUCCAAGGCUGCCAAAAAGCCAAGUACAGGCAAGCGCUCGAGUGUUAAAGGCGGUGUCGGGAAGCGAAAUGCUUCCCCAAAGUCUGCCAAGCAAAAAUGAGUCAAACUUUUGUGCUCUUUGUUGUGAACGAUUUCUCUCCCUCUCCCUCUCUCUGUCAUGCUAUAGCUAUUGCUGUUGCCAUUGCAAGCACUAUUAUUAUUAUUCAGUACAGUUCUCUUCCAU